CCUGCUCAGUUGGUGGGUGUACGAGGGGAAGGCAAGGAGCAACUCAGUUAAGUGCAAAGAGCUUGUGUCGGAAGCUUGCAGUUAUUGUCAGCAUUGAAACAGAAUUUUGGACUGUUCAAUUGAAAUACUGAAUUGAAGAUUGCUUUUUUUUUUUUUUUUUUUUUUUUUUUUUCCCCUUCCAAUCAUUUGUUACUCUGAGGUUGCCUAACUCUGUGUACAAAAGGGGGGGAAUGCCAGCCCGUAGCAUGGACUGUGAUGUCUCCACUCUGGUUGCCUGUGGGGUUGAUGUGGAGAUUUUUGCCAACCAAGAGGUUAAGGAAAAAUUUGAAGGCUUGUUCCGUGCUUAUGAUGACUGCGUGACAUUCCAGCUGUUUAAAAGCUUCAGGCGUGUGCGGAUAAAUUUUAGUAGUCCCAAAUCAGCUGCUCGUGCCAGAAUAGAGCUGCAUGAAACACAGUUCAGAGGGAAGAAGUUAAAGUUGUAUUUUGCACAGAUUCAGACCUCUGAGACAGAUGGAGACAAGCUUCAUUUGGCACCACCACAGCCUGCAAAACAGUUUCUCAUCUCGCCUCCAGCUUCCCCACCUGUAGGGUGGCAACCAAUAGAUGAUGCAACACCUGUCAUCAACUAUGACCUCCUUUAUGCAGUUUCUAAACUAGGACCAGGAGAAAAAUAUGAGCUGCACGCAGGAACAGAGUCCACUCCCAGUGUGGUAGUGCAUGUCUGUGACAGCGACAUGGAAGAAGAUGAGGACUCAAAGAAUUCUCCAAAGCCAAAAAUCAUUCAAACUCGACGCCCUGGUCUGCCACCUCCUGUAUCUAACUGAGCCUCUCCGGCACAAGCAGCACUUCUCUCCUCCAGCACAGCUCUUGGGUUUUGUUUGCUUUGUUUUGUUGAAAGGCAGCCAUUGCCUUUUGAGUACCAGAACAUUAAACUCAUUGAAAUCCCUCACAGUAAUCAAGCCUAUGUAAUAAAAGGGCUAGGAAAAAGAUCUUUGUAUACGUAACCAUAUCACACACCAACUAAUAGAUUUUUCUGGAAAGGACAAAACAAGGCUGAAGAAACAAGGGAGGGUUUCAGUCUGAGGAUGUUUUCAUAGCUAUAAUUUGCAUGCUGAAACACCAUUGCCAGAGAGAUUGUUCAGGAUGGGCAAUUAGGCUGAUAUCAGGCUUUUGAUAUUCAGACUCCCAGAAUUCUUUCUGCCUCCCUCCAUCAAGCAGCCUGCGCCUCUGACCUCCUCAGUUCCCCAGCAGACCUUAGUCAUUUCCCACUUUUUUUUUUUUUUUUAAGGAUGGUAUGUGUGUUAUUUUUUUUUAAAUCUACUAGCAGCUUGGUGGCUUUUUCAUCCAUCCCCUUGGAAUUUUCUGUAAGGAAUACUAUCUUUGCGACGUUUUUAAAAACAUUCUCUUCCACCAACAGCUAUAGACUACAGUGGCCCUUCAUGGUGGCAGGGAUGUGUGACAGAGCUCCCUGGGCUGAGGGGAGAGGCAGCAGCUUUCUGGAGGGUCUGGUGUCAGAAUAUCAAUAGGAUUGUCAUUUUAUCUUCCAUAAAGAUAUGAGUGGUACUUCUCUGUGAGUUGGAGAAAGAAAGAGAAGCUAACUGCUUAUUUAAAAUGGAAUUCGUUGCUCUCUGUCAUAGCUGUUAAGUUAUAGUAAUGAUACAGGCUGAACGCUUUCCUAGUGGUGUGUUGAAUAGCCCUGAAACUGUUAGUAAUUACUCGUACACCUCUACUAUUCAGACCUUUUCCCUCCCCACUUCCUGUGCUUUAAAGCCUUUUUUGAGCUGUAUGCAGUUUGGGUUUGUGGAGGUGAGGAGAGGUUAUUUGGGGUUCUUUUGUUGUUUUCUUUUUUUUUUCUCUUUUUUUUAGGCCAAAGAAAACAGGACCAUAAUUACACACUUGAAAUUAGACUGCAUGCAACUGAAUCCCCUUUUUUCACCCCGUCCUGCAUGUUUCUUUCACUUGCAAUGUAUAAUGGGUUACAAAAAUUGUUCUGUGUUUUCAUCAUGGCUGACAGCAGACAGAUACUGGAUUCCCUGUCUGGCAGAGCUUCCAUGAUGAUUUUUUUUUAUGAGUACUUGUCAUUUUGAGAACAUAUUUUCUAGACAUUUGAGCUCAGAUUUUGCAUAUAUUUAAGCAUGCGCUUAAUUUAUGCACAUGAGUAGUUCCACUGAAAUUCAUACUGCAGAAAACCGAGCAUAUGUGUAAGAUACGGUGGGAUUUUUGAGCUAAUUAGCUGCAGCUGUACUCCCAAAAAUGACUAUAAAGUGUCACAGUGAGAUUCCACGGUUUAAAAUCCUUUGCAAGUUAAAAUAAGUAAAUACAUCUUGGAAGCUCAUUCUGGGAUCUGAAAAGUCAGCUUAGGUUCUGUAAUCAAGAUUUUUUGUCAUAAAACCUAAUGAUCUGGUUUCUGAGGGAGGGUUCCAUUGUUAAAGAAGUGCAGCUCGGACCGGGCGUCCGGUGUUAGUCACUCCGCAGUUUGAACUCCGGGUUGCCCGAAGCAGAGUCUCAGGCAUGAAAUCAAAAUAAAUCAGCAGGGGAGGGACUCGAACCCACACUACUAUUGAGAGGGACUUAAACCCACUGAAAACCUUCUCUAAUACUGAGAGAAUCACAGAAUCAUAGAACAGCACGUUGGAAGGGACCUCAAGGAUCAUCUGCUCCAACCUUUCUUAGCAAAAGCUUGAGAGGGACUCAAACACUGCAGUAUCUUCACCAAAUCUGCUCAGGGAAUUUUAACACUCACCCUUCGAUGCCUCCCACUCCAAAGAUCCCUGGUGAACUCACCAAUGCUGGCAGUUGGAUGUUUGGAGGUGAGAGGUUCCAAAGGCGGCGGCCUCAGGUCCCAUCAGGGUCGCCAAACUGUUAAAGAAGUGCAGUUCGGUCCGGGCAUCCCAUAGUAGCUGCUCGGUAGUUUGAACCCUGGGUUUUCCAAAGCAGAAUUUCCAGCAUCGAAUCUCAUCAAAAUAGGUAAUUUAACUUAGCGGCACAGCAGCAGGAUCAGCUUGAGCUGGGUGCCUCCGGAGAGGGACUGAACACAGAAAUCCCUGGGCAGUUAUACCCCGACAAACCUCGCGCCCACCCUCCACGUGCCCUUUGGUCCAACAGCGACUCUGGCCUGAGACCUUCCAACUCCCUCCGGGAGUCCUUCGCUGUCUCCAGGCAGGCUGCCACCUUGUCUGGCUGCAGCUGCUGCUGAUGGUUGCACCCUCCUUAUCUUCUAGUUUGCGUGGGCCCUGGAGGCCUUGUCUUGCUUGUGUAGGCCCGAGUUCGGUACAAGUUCAGCAAAUCUAGGUGAAAGUUUACAGCUUGCAGCCUAAGGCUUCAGCAAAUCUAGCUACUCAUGCUAAGUAAGUGAACAGCAUACUAAAUCACACAACAUCACAAGUCUAAGCGAGUCAUCCUAUUUAAAACCUACUUAUUUAAGCUAAACAACUAGUAUUUCUUAACACCUUUCCACCCUAAUUAGCAGUGAGGCUACACGCUUCAGGUGCCCCUUGCUGGGGUAUUGGCUCUGCCAUACUUUGGGAAGAAAAGCAUGUUGCUUUGUCGGUGAAGAUGGGAGAUGCCCCUCUCAGCAUGCACAGUGAGGAUGUUCUGAAAAUGAGAACUUGCCAUUCUCAUUUAGUUCAUUCUCUGACCACCACAGCCCCCUAACAUUCCUGUUGAGAUGUAGUGCUUAGCAUAUAUCUAUAAUGUGAUACUUGUUACUGCAUUAUGGACAUCGCCGUGCAUGUGUUACACUAAUAGAAAUAACACAUUAAAUACAGCAAAGGCUGAACAAAAAAUGAGGCUUUAGCAUCCUCAUGAUAUCUGUGUAAAGUUGUCUUGAAGUAACUCUUUACAGGCUUCACUUCAGUUAUUUUUCAGUGGUGCAUUUAGAAUUGGUUUAAAUAAGUAAAUUGUCACUCACUGCCCUAGGACUAUAACCUGAUGUUCCUGUUGAAAACACCGUCAUAGGUCACCUACAAUAUUUCAGGAGUAACACCACUGUCUUUUUUGAGAACAUACAGAACGCUAAGGUCCAUGGAUUUUAGACCAGUAUAAACAGGAAGAGUAAGACUUAAAUGCAUAAGAUUUUUUGUUGAUAUAUGCUGUACAGAAGAAAUUACUGGCCACAUCCUCAGCUGAUGUAAGCGAUCAGAGAUCAUCUGCAGUCAAAGCUGAUACUCUGGAUUUUUUUACAUGCAAAAUUGUUGGAGGCCAAAUCUAGUCCUUGUAUCCAUGUACUCAAUCUUAGGGGAGACUUGGUUUUGAACUGUGGACUUUGGCCUCAAAUGAUCUAAAACUAGACUACAGAUUAAAGCAUUGGAUCUUAAAUGUUCUUUCCUCAAAAUGCAUUUUCAGACAGAUUUAAAAACAGGCCCCAUUCAAAUACUACUCUUUGUCUUUAUAAAACUAUAUAGUACUACAUGGGACACAACUUGUUGGUUAAAGCACAGAAAUAGAAACACAACUGCAAACCUGAAAACUCAAAUUAGCCCUCUGUAACUGUGGUCAAAGUUUAUAUACCACCUUUAUAUGAUAAAAUAACGGUCAUCUAGAAAAAUGUUUCCGGUAUUAUGGAAUAAUGUCCCAAUCAUAAAAGUAACAGCAUUUGUGAGCCUAAAGAGAACCUGUAUUUUGCUAAAGGCUGGUUCUUGGCAGGGAAGAAAGGCUUCUUUCAAAAACUGCUUACCAUCUGGAAGAGUAACUCCUAUUUAAUUCGGUAAUUCACAGGCAGAGCCCCUACUUACUUCAGUGGGAAUUUUCUUUUGUGUAGCAUAUAUGAGCUCAGUCCCUCUGACUUGCUCUUUUCACAGGGUGACUGCAGUGCUGAAGUAGAUUCUCUCGUGUCGUAAUACGAUAAAUAAGAAUGAAAUCUGUGUUACACUACUGUAACAGUGUACAUAGACAAAACCCUUUUAAUUUCCUUUCCAAAGCAGGAGCCUGUGCGAGCAGCCGGCAGCGAUGCCCUGGGCUCCUCUGUUGGGUGGACGUUGCUCUUGCUGCUGCUUGGAAAUUCAAGAAGGAAAUCAGGGGAGUACAGUUGCUCUUUCUGUUGCCUGCUGCCUGCUUGUCCUUUCUGACCUCUUCAGAUAUGAAAUAAAAAUUUUAAUGACUUCCUAAAUACAGUUAAAAGCAUGAAAACAUUUACAAUGCACAGAGAAAGGGUAUUUUGGAAUCUGCUCUUUUGGAACAAAAGAAUAAAGAGUUUCUGUGGCCUUGAUUUCUGUAGUUAAGACAAGGUAGUACAACCUCCCUCUCCCUAACAUACAUACACACUCAAGUACACUUUUGUUUUCGGCAAGAAAACAUGGUGAGAGCUUCCCUUCCUCAGCCAUAACAAGACUUACCGACAUAGUUAUUGUAAAGUACUUUAUAUUAUAAAAAUGUGCCCCGUGGAUAAAUUGUUUAACAUUUAUUUGAUCCUAAAUCGGGUGGGAGAGUUGGGUUGGUUUUAUUUUGGUCUUUUUCCCCCCUCCCUCCCAUUCAGCAACAGCAAAAAAGCUUUCUGCAAAAAAGAAACUGUUCUUUGUACAGAGUAACAGACUGAACCAUCUUGCAAGACUUGAUUACAGUGGUAUGUCUGAGCACUGUGACAGAUUAUGUUAGCAUUUCCAUUAUAUUGUACAUACUUUUGAAAUAUUCUGUCAUAUUUUAUAGGAGUAUUGAAAAGCUAUUGGCUAAUUAAUCACUUUUACACUUGUAUAAUUCAGAGCUUAGUUUAAAAAAUAAAUAUGGCAAACAGUAUUUUUGUGUUCUGCUUGUGUUGGCAUUUUGAAAAGCAACAUUUAAAGAGUUAAACUGUAUUAAUAAACUGACUAGUGUGGUAUAUACCACUGCUCUCUUAACUGGUAGAACUGAAAAUGCUUAAAUAUGUGACAGGCCAAACUCUGUUUCAGUAGAAAUUAGGGGAGAAGAACAGCCUUCCUAUUGGCAGGGUACCCAUGUUCCAUUUUAAACUGCUGCAGUUUCACAGUCAUGUGAACGUGCACUGGUUUGCUGUGGAUUUGGCUCCAUGUGUGUGAAAAUGAAUACAGUGCAAUCCCUGGUGAGCAAAAGCACAUCCCUGAGAGCCGAUGGGGUUCUUACAGUGCUUCUAUAUUGGGUAAAUACAGUGGGCAUGAGUGCUGGAAUAAGGAACAUGGCAUCCAGCUGCCAUCCAGCCUGGGGAAGAAGUUCUGUUAAUGUUAAUUAUUACAGACACUGAAACUAAUUGUUUGUAGUCUCAUGCGUCAGUUUGUACUGGAUCUUGCAAAUUGGAAACCAGGAGGAGUUUGCUGA